UUUUUAUUUCUAAACGUCAAACUUAUUUUUGUUUUCUAACAUUUUUUUAAUUCCAUUCAGUAGAUUUAUUUUUACAAAAGGUUUAAUCAUAAAUAAUUUUAAAAUAUGGCAACAAAGGCAAUUAAAAGAAAAGCACCAACAGUGAAACCAAAAGCCAAACCCGUUGAACACACAGAAACUUCUUCUGAAGAUGAAAAUAAUUCAGAAACAGAAGAAACCAGUGGUAACGCAGGUUGGGCUGAUUCCAUAGCUAAAGUUUUAAAUACCAACAAGCCUAAAACAAAAAAAUCCAUCGUCCUUUCGAAGGCUAAAAAAAUUGCACCAAAAUCUAAAGAUGCCACUGAUGCUAUAAGUUUUGAAAUUGUCGGUGAGGGUGAGAUUAAGGAAGAAAAACCAGACAAAGAUGCAAUUGAUCAGCAAGCUAAAAAGUUAAAAAAUCAACAACUAGCUUUGAGAGUUAAACCAUCAACAGAUGAAUUUGAGCGUGAAAGAGCACUUCGAAAAAUUGCCACUCGAGGUGUUGUGCAACUAUUCAAUGCUGUUCGUCUACAACAAAAGGAUAUAGACCAGCAAUUGAAGAAAGCUGGUCCUUUAGAUUCAAAAAGAGAAGCUGUUAUGAACAAUAUUGAUAAAAAGAAGUUUUUGGAUGUAUUGAUGGGUGGUACUCGGGCCAAGUCGCAAGCAAUUGAUAAUCCUGUCAAGAUUGAGGGCAAAAUGGAAGAUCAAGAUGACGACGAUGAUGAUGGUGACGAUAAUAAUGGAAAGAAAAAGUGUUGGAGUGUAUUACGAGAUGAUUUCAUGACAAACAAAAAGAUCAAACAUUGGGAUGAAGAGGAAAGUGAAGAAGAAGGUGCGAAUGGUUCUUCUGAUGAUGAAUAAUAGUUUUGUUAUAUUUUAUUUUAUUUAAUCUUAUAAAAAAUAUAAAUAUCUACAAACAUAAAAAAAUAA